CUAACACUUCCUAUGGCUGCGCGGUACGCCCAGUGGCUAGCCGGGGCCAACGCGCGACUCAACGCGUUUACCUCGGUCACCCCGCCGAGCGCAUGGAGCGGACGUGGGGCGGGAGGGCAUGGGGCGACGGCAUCAGGGGCGACAGGGGCUGGGGCUGGCGUGAGGAUCUCGAUCAAGGACAACAUCUGUACUGUUGAGGAAGAUGGCCCGAGCACGGCAGCAUCACUGCUGCUUGAUGACUACGUCUCGCCGUUUGAGGCAAAGGCAGUGGCGGCGCUCAAGGCUGCGCUACCCGAUGCUGUGAUGGUGGGCAAGACCAACUUGGACGAGUUUGGUAUGGGAGCACACUCGCAGAACUCGGCAGCUGGGCCGGUCGUCUCGCCUUGGCAUCCGGCUCGCUCGCCGGGAGGAUCGUCGGGCGGGGCUGGUGUCUCGGUCGCCAUCAACGCUGCGCACAUUGCGCUUGGCUCGGACACCGGCGGAUCUGUUCGUCUGCCUGCGGCAUACAACGGUAUCAUUGGCAUCAAGCCGACGUAUGGGCUUGUCUCGCGCCGCGGGCUCAUCUCAUACGCCUCUUCGAUGGACACCAUCGGCGUGCUCGCGGCCGAGCUCGGCAUGGCCGCCACUGGACUGGACGCCAUUGCAGGCUUUGAUGCCGACGACGCCACCUCGUGCCAGGCGCCUGACGCCAUUACCGCACUGGGAUCGUAUGCAGAUGCCGUUGAGGCCGCUCCCGAGCUGGCCGGCAAGCGCAUCGGGCUGCCGCGUUCGGCGCUCAUUGCUGAGCUUGCGCCCGAGGUCAAGCAGCUGUGGCGAGAGGCGGCGCGGUCGCUCGAGGCCGGCGGCGCGUCAGUCGAAUGGAUCGAGCUCCCGUCGCUGCCGGUCGCCCUAGCAGCGUACUACGUGAUUGCCGCGGCCGAGGCUGCAUCGAACCUCUCGCGGUACGACGGUUUGCGGUACGGCAACGGAGCCGCCGGGCGCGAUACCGUCGGGUACGACGCUGUUGUCCGCAAGCGGAUUCUUCUGGGGACUCAUGUGCUUUCUGCUGCGGCGUACGCCGAGUACUACGUUGCCGCCGGGCGCGUCCGUGCCGAUCUGGCCGCCGAGCUGGCUGCCGCCUUUGGCCACGUUGAUGCACUGCUGCUACCCACGGCGCCAACACCCCCACCACGCAUCGAUGGCACUGUUGCUGAUGACGCGCCGCUGGAUCAUGAGCUUGCCGCCUACGCCAACGACGUCUUCACCGUCCCCGCCAACCUCGCUGGCCUGCCGGCCUUCUCGCUCCCGCUCGGCACCGCCAGCACCGCCGAUGGCAUCCUUCCGCUCGGCAUGCAGCUCAUUGGCCCAGCGUUCUCUGAGCACACCCUCUUUGGACUCUCGGCCCACCUCCUCGACGCUUUUGCCCAUGCUGCACCGCUCUCCCACACUGCCGCAUGGCACCAGCAGCCAUAUGAUGGCUGAUGCCAAUGGGUGUUGCGCACGUGUUGCGCCAUCCCGAUCUGCAUAUCCCGUGAUAGGUCGUGGUAAAUGCCCCGAGAAAG